CAAAAACUAUUUUUUAGGUUAGAAAAAUGUUAUGAGUUCUUGAACUCGAAAUAUUUGUUUAUCAAUUUAAAAUUUUUACUAAUACCUAUAAAAUUUCUUCAAAUCCAAUUGUUUCCUAAAAUUUCGUUAUGAGGCUUAUUUCCAGAAGCGGUGUUAUGUAUCACGUCUCCAAAGUAUUCACUAAUCCGGUUAGUAGGAGUCGUGUACAAAAUGUUAUUCGGUUUCGCCAGUACAUGACUGUUAUUUCUAAUAAGCGACUCCUGGCCAAAUAUCCUACGAGUCUAGUUUCCUUCACUUGCUUGGAUUAUUCAACUGACAGUAAGAAACAAUUCCUAAAUUUUGAAAAGAAAUCUGAAGCAUUGAAAGAUGUUCUUGAGCACAAGAAAGAACAAUUAAAAGAUACAGAGCAAAGAAUAAGGCAAAAAGGUGAAGAGAUAGUAAGAGACAUAAAGCACCAGAAAGAAGUCACUGGUCAAAAAUUAAGAGUGAAGAAGGAACAUUUAAUUAAAGAUAUUUUAGAAACAAAAGCUAAGGUCAAAGAAAGAUUGGAAGAAGUUGUUGAGAGGGAAAAUGUGUUUACUGUUCCAAAUGUUUUAUGUGUUGCAAGAAUAGCCAUGUCUCCUUAUUUAGGAUAUGUAAUUUUACAAGACAACUAUACAUUGGCUAUGGGUUUAUUAGUAUUUGCUGGAGUAACAGACUUGCUGGAUGGAUGGAUAGCAAGGACAUGGAAGAGUCAAUCAUCAAAAAUGGGGUCAUUUCUCGACCCCAUGGCUGAUAAAGUGCUCAUAGCUACACUCUUUGUCUCGCUUACCUGGCAGAACCUGAUACCACUGAGCCUGACUCUCCUCAUCGUGGGUAGAGAUGCUGCACUGGUUGCCGCUGGUUUCAUCAUCAGAUACAUGAGUUUACCCCCACCAAGAACACUCAGCAGAUAUUUUGAUGUAACACAUGCAACAGCGCAACUAGCACCUACAACCAUAAGCAAAUUCAACACAGCCAUACAACUGUUACUGGUUGGCACAACCUUAGCAUCUCCUGUGUUUGGAUACGUAGACCACCCCGCCCUACACGCCCUGUGUGGCAUCACAGCUGUCUCUACAGUCGUAUCUGCAAUUAGCUAUUUAGUCAGUAAGGAUACCUACAAGUUUUUGAAGAAAAAAUUGUAAACCAUGUGAUUUUUUGAUUUUCUUCUCAAUUUUAUUUAGACGCACACAAUAGUCUUCCAAAAAAUAAACUGUAUUGUAUAGCCAUGGGUUUAGUGAAAACAAUAAAAUCUGUACAAAUGUAAAUAAUAAUUAAAUGUUUAUUUAUUUGAA